UGCUCAGAGAAUCGUUUGCGUUGAUAAACAAAAGAAGUUCCAAUUUGAGUUCUGUGGAAGGUUAAUCUUCUGAUGUUUUGAACAGUUUUGAAAUCGAAUAAGAUGAUGUAGAUGGAGAAUGUUUACAUCGUGUAGAAUGAAAGAGUCGAUAUUUGACUAAUUGUACUUAUGCAGCGCAAAGACUUUUUCGGAAUUCGUUCAAAACCAGAAUUAGAAGAGGUCAGGAUACAUUGAAAUUUUCUAAGUGGAGAAUCUUAUCAUAAAUCAUUAGAAUUCAUGUCGCAACCAAACUAUAAAAUGAUGGAAUAGAUUUGAUAUUUUUUUGUUACAGUUGUCCUCAGCGUCCGAAACAGUCGAUGGAGCGUUACGAGAAACUAUCAAAAAUAGGAGAGGGAUCUUAUGGCGUGGUGUUCAAAUGCCGCAGCAGAGAAAACGGUCAAGUGGUGGCCAUUAAAAAGUAUGUCGAAACAGAGGACGAUCCUUUGAUAAAGAAGAUUGCACUCAGGGAAAUUCGUAUGCUGAAGCAAUUAAAACACCCAAAUCUCGUCAAUCUCAUCGAAGUUUUCAGAAGAAAACGUAAACUCCAUCUAGUAUUUGAAUAUUGUGAACAUACUGUUCUAGACAUUCUAGAAAAACAUCCAAAAGGUGUUCCUCAGCAACUGACUAAGAGAAUUUUGUGGCAAACACUACAAGCGAUUAAUUUUUGUCAUCAACACAAUUGCAUUCAUCGAGACGUGAAACCAGAAAACAUUCUACUCACCAAAGAAGGAAUAGUAAAACUGUGCGACUUUGGAUUCGCAAGAAAUCUCAGUCCUGGCGAAAACUAUACAGAUUAUGUAGCGACCCGCUGGUACAGAGCACCUGAACUGUUGGUCGGGGAUACACAUUACGGGCCCGAAGUGGAUGUGUGGGCCAUAGGUUGCGUUGCCGCAGAACUCAUUCGGGGAGAAGCGCUGUGGCCUGGGAAGUCCGAUGUCGAUCAACUCUACUUGAUUAGAAGAACGUUAGGCGAGCUAACUCCAAGACAUUUACAGAUCUUUAAGAAAAAUGAUUUCUUUAGCGGAGUAUCUAUUCCUGAAGUUGAUACAAGGGAAACUCUAGAAAGUAGAUUACCUGUGAAUAUAUCUGAAGAGGAAUUAGAUUUCUUAAAGAAAUGCCUGGACAAGGACCCAGAAAAAAGAUACACCUGCGAGCAAUUAUUCCGCCAUUCCUAUUUUGAUGGUUUCAAUAAAACGGAAAUUGAAAAUGAUCUAUUGUCAGCAAGACGCAGGGAUAAAUUAAAGAGUGGACAUUACUUGCUUCCUCAACUUUCAACCAAUUCCCUCGGAUCAUCAACAGAUAUGAGGUCCAGUCAUAGUCGUUGUAUGAAGAAAUACGAUCCACUUCCAAACAUAUGAGGGGCGCAUGUACAAAGCCAAGUGAAAAAAAUGUCAUACUUUAU